AUGACUACAGCUACACAAGAUAUGCAGAGUGAAGGUGAUUCUGUGACACUCGACAUGGAACAAGCUGGUGAAAAACAGCCAAACAAGGAUGGAUGGAAUUGGGACGAGGACCCCGCGAACCCGUACAACUGGACGACAAGGUUGAAGGUCCAACAGAUCUUUAUGAUGGCCUCGGCAGCAUUCACCACCUCAUUUGGCGCAUCGAUUGUGACCCCUGCUCAUACUGAGUUCAUGGAAGAGUUUGGAGUCACAAGUACCCAGGCCAUUCUUCCACUAUCUCUAUAUGUAUUUGCCCUUGGCCUAGGACCGAUAGUGGGUGGUCCACUUUCUGAGACCGUUGGUAGACAUCCAGUCUAUUUGAUCACAAUCCUUCUGGGAAGCUUGUUCACUCUAGGCGCUGGGUUCAGUCAGAACUUCGCAUCAAUCUGUGUUCUUCGCUUUCUUGCAGGCUUCUGCUAUGCACCGUCUCUAGCCAUUGCUGGAGGAACUAUAAACGAGACAUUCAAGCCUGUAAAGCGAGCACUUCCGUCAACUAUCUUCAUCCUGACUCCCUUCUUAGGGCCAGGUCUUGGACCAGUCAUCGGUAGCUUUGUCGUCAAUCGCAAAGGUUGGCGCUGGACUCAAUGGACAAUACUAUUCUUUGCCAUUUUCACAAUGCUCACAGCAAUAACGGCACGAGAGACGUUCCACCCCGUCAUCAAGCGUAGACGUGCCAAAGUCCUCGGUCAGAUACUCCCUCCCUCGCCCCCACUGUCCUCUCAUCUCCGAAAAUUCGCAACAGUCUCUCUCCUCCGGCCAGUGCAGAUGCUGGUCACAGAGCCCAUCGUCGCAUUCAUCUGUCUCUACGUCGCAUGUGAAUUUGCAACCCUCUUCUCAUUCUUCGCCGCAUUUCCACUGGUCUUUAGAAGUAUCUAUAAGUUCGACCUUGAAGAACAAGGUCUCAUCUUCCUAGGCAUAGUGGUGGGAUGCAUGCUAGGCGCCUUGACCGUGUUGCUGUGCGACGUGUUCAUGUACCGCCCACGAGCAGCAACAUACCGUAACCAACCUGUUCCUCCAGAACUGCGUCUCUUCCCGUCUUUGAUUGGCAGUAUGGGUCUGCCGAUUGGUUUAUUUUGGUUCGGGUGGACCGCAAGAGCCGACAUUUCAUGGGCCAGCCCUGUGGUCUCCAUCGUGGUCUUUGCCUGGGGAAACUUGUGUGUCUUUGUCAGUACGACACAAUAUAUUGUGGACACUUAUCACGGCUUGACUGUUGCCAGCGCUAUGAGCGCGAACAGCUUGGCCAGGUAUUUGCUUGCGGGGGCUUUCCCCCUAUUCACUAUCCAGAUGUAUACUAGACUCGGAGUUGAUUGGGCGACCAGUCUUCUUGGGUUCAUUGCCAUUGCUCUAUUGCCUGUGCCGUGGCUGUUUUUCUUGAAGGGAAAGAAGUUGAGAUCACUGAGUCAGUUUGAUACUGCGGAAUUUUGA